AUGGAGCAGAUUACUGAUUUGGUAGCCAAGCUACAGGACCACUACGAACCAAAGAACAAUGUCAUUGUGGAAAGAUUUAAAUUUCAGUCCUGCACACGCAGCGGCGAGGAAUCGGUGAACUCGUUUGUGGCUCGUUUGAAACAUCAGGCUGCUCGAUGUGAAUUUGCCGCCACUUUAGAAGAAAGGCUGAGGGAUCAGCUCGUGUGGGGCAUAAAUACUGAGCAGCUCCAAAAACGCCUUCUGGCAGUCUCAAAUUUAACAUGGGUGAAAGCAUUAGAGCUGUGCUUAGCUUUUGAAACGGCGGAGAAGGGGGCUUUAGCCUUACAGUCCCCAAAAGACAUAAACAAAGUGGCACCGCGCUACCAGUCCAGCAAGGCUAUGAGGGGGCCUAGCACCAAAACUGCAUCAUCUCAGUCACUGCGCUGCUACAGGUGUGGUGAGGCCCACAGGCCUGAGAGCUGCCGAUUUAAAGAUGUAGAGUGCCACUACUGUGGUAAGAAGGGCCACAUUGCCCGCUGGUGCCGAAAAAAGGAACGUGACAGUCAGAGCCCCAUGCCUGGCCAGGCUGGGGCCAAUGCAAUCACCGAACACCCAAAUGUGCAGGCUGACAGUGGGGAAGAAGAUAUUGCACAUGUCCUGGCAGUGACAGAGAAAGCACCCAGCCAAAUUAUCAUGCAAUUAAACAUCAAUGGCACGGAGACACGUUUUGAGGUUGAUACUGGGGCGUCCCGAACUGUCAUGUCAGAAAGGACAUUUUCACGGCUACAUGCACACACCCCCUCACUGUCUUUGGAACCAUGUAACAUUUCUCUCAGAUCAUACACUGGCCAGCACAUCCAAUUGAAGGGGGCUACUGAAGUUACAGUGUCUUACAAAGGGAGCUCCUACCACCUUAACGCACUUGUGGUGUCGGGUGAGGGCUCCAAUCUGCUGGGGCGUGACUGGAUCAAAACUCUGCCCUUAGACUGGCCUGCGCUGCUAGAUGGGCUCCAUCUGGUGUCUGAUUACUCCCUAGCAGGGGUUCUCGAAGACCACAAGUCAGUGUUUAAUGAUGAGCUAGGGGAGUUAAAAGGCACAAAAGUAACCAUCAAUGUGGACGACACUGUACCCCCACGGUUCUGCAAAGCGCGCCCUGUUCCGCUGGCCUUACAAAAGAAAGUCGAAACAGAGUUGACUCGGCUGGUGGACUCAGGAAUUCUCCAACCGGUGACUUACUCAGAGUGGGCUGCCCCAAUUGUGCCAGUUCAAAAGGGAGAUGGUUCCAUCCGCAUCUGUGGUGACUAUAAGCUGACAGUGAAUGUAGCAUCUCGAGUGGAGCACUACCCACUCCCACGGAUCGACGAGCUAUUUGCAAAGCUGGCUGGAGGUGUCUGCUUCUCCAAGUUAGAUAUGUCACAUGCCUACCAGCAGCUGGUGUUAGCAGAAGACUCCCGAAAACUGGUGACAAUCAAUACCCACCGCGGCUUGUUCCAAUACACGCGCCUUCCAUUUGGCGUGUCAUCUGCGUGUGCCAUUUUUCAGAGGGCAAUGGAAGGCUUGCUGGCAGGAAUAGACCAUGUCGCGGUCUACUUAGACGACAUACUCUUGACGGGCGUUAACCAGGCCCAACACCUGCGCACCCUGAAGCUAGUGCUGUCUCGGCUGGAAGAAGCUGGGCUUCGUCUAAAACGGUCCAAGUGCGUCUUCAUGGCCCCCGAGGUGGAGUAUCUGGGCCAUAAGAUUUCAUCGAGAGGGCUACAGCCCCUGGAAAAGAAGGUGCAGGCAAUCAAGGAUGCCCCGAAGCCACAGAAUGUCAGUGAGCUCCGAGCGUACCUGGGCAUGCUCAACUAUUAUGGGCGCUUCCUUCCAGACUUGGCCUCGGUGCUCGCUCCUCUGCAUGCCUUGCUCCGGGCAGGAGUGAAAUGGGAGUGGAUUGCUGCACAUGACAAAGCGUUCAAGAAGUCAAAGGCCAUGCUAACGUCAGAGGCGCUGCUGGCUCACUACAACCCUGUGGCGGCAGGCUGGCCUAAGACGUGCCCGACCAGUGAGCUGCUGCCAUAUUUCAAGCGCCGUUCUGAGCUCACCGUUGAAGACGGAGUACUGUUAUGGGGGCUCCGGGUCAUCAUUCCUCCCCGGGGACGGCAAUCCCUCAAGGAAGAGCUGCAUGAGGCUCACCCCGGGGCAUCACGGAUGAAAACUGUAGCACGGGCGUACAUGUGGUGGCCGGGGCUGGACGCGGCCCUAGAAGAGCUAGCGCAAUCCUGCAUUGCUUGCAAAGAAAUCAGGAACGCUCCCCCGGCGGCACCCAUGUGUCCGUGGGAGUGGCCUGGGAAGCCUUGGACACGCCUACACAUUGAUUACGCUGGCCCCUUUUUAGGUGAAAUGUUCCUGGUGCUAGUUGACUCCCACUCUAAGUGGUUGGAAGUGUUUCCGGUGAAAUCUGCCACUUCGACCUCUACCGUGGACCAUCUGCGUGAUGUGUUCAGCACACAUGGCCUCCCACACACUGUUGUGUCAGAUAACGGCUCCGUGUUCACCAGCUCAGAAUUCGAGGAGUUUCUAAAGGUAAAUGGCGUUCGCCACCUGACCUCCGCGCCCUACCACCCGUCCUCAAACGGGCUGGUGGAGAGGGCAGUCCAAACUGUCAAGAAAUCAUUGAAGAAAAUGGCAGGGGGGACACUUAGGGCGAGGCUUGCAAGAUUCUUGGCGACAUAUCGGUUCACUCCGCAUGCCACCACUGGGCAGUCUCCAGCAGAGAUGCUGUUCGGUCGGCGGGUGCGCACCAGAUGGGACCUGCUGCGGCCAGACAUUCAAUCAAAGGUCCUCCGUGGUCAGGAGACGAUGGUGGCCAACUCCAAAAGAAAUGCAGUCAUUCGAGACCUACCACUCAGGGCCGCUGUGUGGGUCAGAGACUUUUCUGGUCGGGAAAAGUGGCUGCCAGGCACAGUGAUCGACAAGACGGGGCCCCUGUCUUACAGAGUGGAGGUAGCAGGGAAUGUGUGGCGUAGGCAUGUCGACCACCUGCUAAGCAGAAACGCCUCUCCUCAAGCCAGACAGGACUGGGAGCCAGAGAGCAGUGACCAGCCCGAUCCUGCUCCUCCAGAGGACUCGGCUGUGGAGCUCUCAGACGCUGACGAGGUUCCUGAUCCAGAGUCGGCAGAAGCUGACGACGCUGAGCCUGCUGUUGUGCCCUGGAGAUCUUCUAGAAGAAGCCCCCUCUCAGCCCAGCUUGAAGUGCUUGAUUGA